AACGCCCUGGUCUCCUUCAAGGAGCUGUGCGGCCUGACGCCGGCGGCCACCAUGAAGCAGUGUAUCCUGACGGUGGCCGCGUGGCUGCUGCGCAGCGAGAGCGCCCCCAGCGUGACGCUGAACCUGGACGAGCAGUACCCCCCCAUGGAGGCCCGGGGGCCCGUCCCGGAGCUGCUCCGCAAAGUGCUCACUGUCUACGAGACCACGAUCCAGACCAGCCGGACCCUGAUCGAAUUGGCCGACGCGGUGCACAGCAAGCUGAUGCAAGCCCAGCAGGCAGGUAUGUGCCGCAGGGGCAGGUGCCGCUGGGCCCGGCUGCAGAUCGCG